UGAGAGAAUGGCAGAGAAAAAGAGUCAUUAGAAAUGAAAUGUAUGUAUAUUAUACACAUAGUAGCAUAAAAGUCUGUAAGGUGUCAUAAUACAACAUUUGGUAGGCAGUCAGUAGUAAAAUACACGCAUUCCAUUUCUCGUUGUGCGAGAAAUAAUGUACAAUUGUGAAAUUUUAUGACACAAUGGACGAAAUCAAGCACAAAUUUCGAGACUUUCUCGAUAAACAUCAGAAUCGAAAUUUAAAGAUUCCACAAAUGGGAUUUACCGAUAAUUACACAAAGAAAAAAUUGUCGUCAACAGUAAGCGAUACAAAUAAACGUAAAUCAAGUGUAAACGAGGUGCAAAGUACAACGGAUGAAUCAAUUCUUUUGAACAUAUGUGCGAUUGCCGCUGUCACAGCAGACGAUGGCGAUGAUGAAUUUGCUAAGCGACAAACUUUACUCAUUCCCGACCAAGAAAUUUUCGAUUCCACCGAGCCCAUUUAUUUUCAAGAAAACGUCGACACUGGCAUUUAUGAGCUUAAUAAAUUCAUCGAAGGUGAUAUGGACGAAGAGUCUGUGCAACGUGCAAUGAUGGUGCUAAAGCAACAGCACAAAGUUAUCUCGAAGAAAGUCCUUCAAAAUAUACUCGAGAAGCAAAAUUCAUGCAAUAGCGAAACAAAAUCAAUCCAAGAAGCAGAUGUGAUGCUCCAGCAAUCAUUGUUGGAAUGUAAAAAAGCCCGUUCAUACUUGAGUUGUGCGAAAAAAAAUCUAACCACCACCAAUUUACAAAUAUUGGCCAUGUACAAAAAGCGAGAAGCAAUGCAAAAAAUGCUACGAACUUUGUACAAAUUGAAAAAAUUAAAAUCCACCGAAAUUCAAUUGCAAAAAUUGUUGGACACACAAAAUUAUUCCGGUGCAAUUUCAUUGUUAUUGGAAUGUAAACGAUUGGCAGCUGAAAAUAGUCAAUAUGUUUGCGUUGCUGCAUUGGCACAAAAGCUGCAAGACACAUUGCUGAUGACUGAACUACAAUUGGACACAGUGCUCGGUGAUGUACCGCACAGUUUUGAUGUGAAGACCUAUUCGAAUCUACAGGACGCAUAUCGUUUGCUGGGAAAAUCAAUGACAGCCAUUGAUCAAUUACACAUGAAUUUCAUAUCAACCAUUCAUACACAAGCCUUUACUGUACUCAAGGAGUUUGUCGAACGCAAUGGUGAGGAAAAGCAAAAAUGUCUCUUUGAAGAAUUGUGUGAGAAUAUUUCAUCCGAACGGUUCAUUCCGUGUUUGAUAAAAUUGUGCAAAUCAUUUUGGUGCAUUCUGGUAUGUUACUAUCAAGUGGCACUUUGGCAUCAUAACACCCGACCACCGAAGUUAAUCGCCGAACGGGAUGCCGAAUCGGAAAUCGAACAAAAUACGUACACACAACAAAAAUUUAAAACUGGCUACAAUCGCAUUUGGAACGACAUUCAAUCAAAACUGGCGGUGUUUUUAUCGACUAGCCCAACACUGCAUACAUUAAAAUACGAACAAUUUAUUCAGGUGCUUUCGAUAGUGCAACGUUUACGAAAAGUUGGUAUGGAAUUUUGCAAUGAACCAUCAACAUUGCUGAUCGAAUCGAUGAAAUCGCAGAGUGUACAGUUUUUUGAACGUUAUCACAAGUCUUCAUUGGAUGAAAUUCGUUUGUUUCUUGACAACGAGGCAUGGAUGCCGAUUCAUUCAUUCAGCAAUUUGAUUCAAUUACAAGAGUUUAAUGCGGUUAAAAGUUCGUUACAACGAUUCCUACGAAGAGAUAAGAUGGAUUCAUCAUCGGAUCCACUGUCGACUGGUACUCGAAUGUCUCCAUCAAAGCGACUCGCCGAACGAAAGAAGAGCUACGAAAAUCAAUUGGCCGAUGAAAAUUUAUCGAAUCAUUCACAAGAAGAUUGCAAUAGUUCAGUGUAUGGUUCGUGCGGUUACUUCUUACGAUUCUCGGAGAAGAGUUCACCGUUUGACGGUGGUUUUGAUGUAACGAUGCUCGAAGAGGAUAUUUUAGCUGGCAUUGCCGAUGAAUCGUGCUACUUUUCCGAAGAAAGCGAAGAAGAUAAUCAGUUGAAUGAAGUGAAUGCAAAUGUGAAAAGUGAUUCCAAUGCAAAUGUAGAAGAUACAGACACAGCAUUAACACCGACCUCAAAUAUGACCGUGAACAAUUCCAGUUUGAAUGUUUUACGAUGUAUUGGUCGUUAUCUACAAAUGUGCAAACUACUCCAUUCGAUUUCACCGCAAAUCGUAAAAUGUAUGAUGGAAUUGAUUGAAUUCUAUAUUUAUGUGGUGCAUAAAUUGUUCGCAUCAGAUUUAUCGUUGUCCAGUGACAAUUUGUACACGUUCAACUUAAGAGAUCAAUUGAAUCGCAUUGCAGCUGAAAUUGUGCCGAAAGUGAGCAACUGGCGAUCAGAAAUGUCCAUUAUUCAACAAGAUUUGAAUGAUCCAGACACAAGCUAUGGCCUUCUGUCUCGUAUUGUCGGUGUUGAAAGUGCAAUUACGUUAGUACAACAAUUCGCCCAAAUUCGUGAAUAUUUGGAACAUUUGCUGCAACCGAAUGAUAAUCGCUUUUUGGCAGCGUUUUUCGAUGAAACAAACGUCAAUUUGCAAGAGCUGAGGAAACCAAUUUAUAUGUGCGUCGCGGCCAAGGUUAACGAUUUGGAUGGUAUACUCGCGUCUAUGGCCAAGGUCAAGUGGGAUAUAAAUCAUGUGAAUGUCGAGCACAGUACUUAUGUCAAUAACAUGAAUCGAGGUCUUCAACUGUUUGCAAUGCGUUUGGAAGAGAUUGAGACAAUGUUGUCCAUUCCAAAACAGCCCAUCUGGGACUGUGUUGCUCAUGUUAUGACACACACAUUGGUUGAAGGCUAUUCAAAUGCGAAAAAAUGUUCACCAGGUGGUCGCGCCUUAAUGCAAUUGGAUUUUGCACAUUUUAUGUCAAUUUUGGAACUAUUGUCGGGAUUAAAAUUUCCACAUCAUCAUCGCUAUGUAGAUGGUUACAUAAAAACUUAUUAUUUGCCGAAAGAUUUGUUGGAAACUUGGAUCUAUGAGGAGAAGGCCAAGCGCACCUAUUCAACAAAACAAUUGGCCGCAUUGAUAACGUGUACAUGCUCGAACGAUAAGAAAAUGCGUCAAAAAUUGAUGGCGAUGCUCGAACAGGAUGGGAACAUUUCAAUUGAUUUGAACGACUCCCGUGCAUCAGAUGGUCGUCCAAACUACUAAACUACUAUUAUAAUUUGUAAUGAGCGAGCUUUAACUGAGUGAAUUAUCGUCUCUGUCCUGUUACUAUCUAUAAAAAAAAAUCUCGAAUGACAAAAUUGCUAUACAUGCACAUGUACAAGCUGAGUAGUGAAAUAAUCGAAGCCACAGCGAACAAAAUGUAAUAACCUGAGAUUGAUGAGACUCUGUCAAAGUCCAAAUUAGAUGUUUAUUUUGUACUAUUUGUUGUGUAUGUUCAAAAACUGAUGAUACUUAAGUGAUUGUAUUAUUUUGAUACAUCAAGAUCUGUUAUUCAAUCGAAACUCUCUAAUAACUAAUCUCUAUGUAUGCACAGGCACUCAUUCACACUGUGUUAUCAAAUUAUUAUCAAUUUUCACAUUUAUUUUUAUUAGCAUUAUACUAUCUUUUUUUCUUUUUUUUGUUCUUUUCGUAUAUGUUCGCACAGUUCUUGGUAGCUGUUGUUAGAUUUAUAUAUUCCCCACCCCCAAAGUCAAUCUCAAUCACAUUCCACUUGAAUUAUAAAGACUUUCUCUCUAUACAUUUUCCUUUCUUGUUUAUUGCAGUCGGAAAAAGACAUUUUUAAUAUACUACGAGAUAUAAGUAACAAAAACCGAUAAAAGGAAACAAAUAAUCUUUUUUUUUUCGUUUGUCUAAGACUUUUAUUUUCACAAUGUUGUAUAGAAAAAAAGAUGUAUUAUUAACACAAUCGAGUUUUUGUUCUUUUUAGUCAAAAAAGGCAAAG